UUACUAAAAUUUCUCGUGGAUUUCUGUGAAAACAACUGACCCCGACCCACCGCCCUCCCGCCACCACCCCGUCGACGGAAUAAAUUAAGCAGAAUAACACUUAUCGGGGGGAGCAACAAAAACCACGUCGCUCUUAAGUCGCCGUAAAUACUCACGACAUUAUCAACGCCGCAUUUUCAAACCGAACGCGCUGUGUUGCUGACGUGGUUGCAAUUGUUAAGUUUGGAUUUGUUAAUUAAUCAAUAGAAGUUAUGCUGGCAAAGACGCUAAUCCUCUUCGGCCUGCUGGCCUUGGCCCAGGGUUACAGCUUCACCUCGCGGGAGGUAAAGUGUCACGUGUGCAAGGCCACGGUGGCGGAACUGGAGGAGGCGAUAGCCAAGGAGGAUCCCCAUAAGAUGGCCGAUGUGAGUGGCUUCCGGCUGGAUGCCCAGGGGAACUCGAUUAGCAAGCGGGUGCGUCUCAUCAAGUCGGAGAUGUUCCUCACGGAACUGAUGGAGAAGAUAUGUGAAAAAAUGGACGAUUACCUGAAGGCCACCUACAAGAGCAAUGGCAAGUUUACGCUCCUCAAGAUGAUCGUCAAUGGCCAGAUGAAUCCAGACUCCUCGUUGGUGGACUUUGUUCAGGACGGCGAUCUGAACAAGAGUCUGGGACACUUUUGUAACGAGGUGCUGGAGGAUAAUGAUGAGGCCUUUAUUAAGGCUUUCCAGGCCGAAGAGCUGGGCAAUGAUUUGGACAUUAAGAUCUGCUCCGAGCAGGCCAAAUACUGCAACGAAUCACCCAUCCAGGAGGAGUACAACUUCGAUGACAAGGAGGAGCUGUAGUCAAGUGUAGAGGCUUAGCCUAGUCUAAUUAACGAAUUUCCUUGAUCCUUGCUGAUCGUCGUACUGAAUAAUUAGCUAAUCAUUUAGCUAAAGUAUCUGAAAGAAGAUAAACCCACAAAAGCCGAUUGUUAACAAUUAGUUACGACAAUAAAUUUUAUGUGCAAUGCCCUCCAUUUAACAUUUUA